UAAAUUCGAUUUAAUUUGGUGCGAAAGAAUGAAAGUAUAAGUUCAUAAUCCCAGAAGCAACAGGGUCAAUGCCGACGAUAGAAUGGAGAUAGGUGAAAGUUCUUAAAUAUAAAAGGCUCCACCUUUCUCGAAAACGGCAUCAGUUCACCACAACACAUCGAAGAAACAUCACCAUGAAUCCAAUCGUUUGCGUAGUUUUCUGUGUCUUUGCUGCUGUAAAUGCUGGUUACGCCGGCAGUUAUGGCGAAGAAGAUCAUGGGGGUCACGAAACCAUCGUUGUACAAAAGCCGAUUCAUAUCCCAGUACCUAAACAUGUCCCAGUUGAAAUCCCACACAAAGUACCCAUUCCAGUACCAAAACCAGUUGCUGUUCCAGUUCCACAACCUUAUCCAAUUCAAGUUCAUGUCCCACAACCGGUUGCUGUACCAAUUAUUAAAACCAUCACCAUCCCCGUUGAAAAGCCGGUACCAUACAAAGUCGAAAAGGAAGUUGCUGUUCCAAUUGAAAAAUACAUCCCAGUUACUGUUGAGAAGCACGUAAAGAUUCCCAUACCAAAACCAGUACCAGUUCAUGUACCAGUUUACAAAAUUGUUUACCAUGGACACGGAGGAAAACAUUAAAUAAAUUGAUGUUUUUAGGCUGUUAUUGUUAAA